AUGUCAGAGAGCAAAGAUUCGGAUAUUGUGGUAAAUCGCCAUAUUACUGGUGAAGCGGAUGUCAAGGAACUAGGAGCCCUGGAAUUUGUGCAGGAAUAUGGAAAUAAUGGUUCGAAGCCUUCGUAUCAAGAAGCUUCGGGUGCACCGGUCGAGAAUGAAUCGCCGCUUGGGUUGCAUGUUACGUGGUUUACUACGAUUUUUUUGAAUAUUGGUCAAAUGAUCGGCACAGGUGUAUUUUCAACUCCUGCGAGUAUUCUGUCGGGAGUAGGUUCGAUUGGUCUAGCGUUGGUUUACUGGACACUGGGAUUUCUCAUCGCCGGCUGUCAAUUUUCUAUCUACACCGAACUUGCGAGUUUCUUUCCCAAUCGUUCGGGAGCCGAGGUCGUGUAUUUGGAACAAGCAUAUCCGAGGCCAAAAUAUCUUCUCGCUACUACUUUUGCGGUGCAAUCGGUUUUGCUUUCUUUUAGUAGUAGUAAUGCUAUUGUUAUGGGAGAAUAUCUGUUUGCUAUGGCGGGUUACACUCCGUCUGCUUGGGAGAAUAAAGGUCUAGCUUGUGCUUGCAUGACCUUUAUCAUUCUAUUGGUUGUAUUUAGCACGAAGCAUUCUCUUCGGAUAUCAAACAUAGUCGGAGUGAUCAAACUCAUAACGCUCAUAUUUAUUUCAAUCGCAGGUCUCGUGGUACUAGGUGGCCAUACCAAAGUUGCCAACCCAACAGCCAAUUUCAGGAAUGCAUUUUCCGGCACAACCAACAGUGGCUAUGGACUUGCAAAUGCACUUGUCAAAAUUAACUUUGCCUACGCCGGAUACACAAAUGCAUUCAACGUCGUUGCCGAAAUCAAAAAUCCCAUCAAAACCAUCAAAAGAACAGGACCCGCCUCACUCCUCAUAGUAGCGAUCCUCUAUCUCCUCUGCAACAUCGCCUAUUUCGCAGCCAUCCCCAAAGAAACCCUCAAAUCCUCCACCCAACUCGCCGCCUCCCUCUUCUUCACCAGCGUCUUCGGCGCCGGAAAAUCCGUGCACGCCCUUAACUUCCUCAUCGCCCUCUCCGCAUUCGGAAACAUCGUCUCGGUAAUAAUCGGCUCCUCGCGUAUAAUCCGCGAAUGCGGUCGUCAAGGCGUGCUCCCCUAUCCCCGCAUGUGGGCUUCGACCCGUCCCUUCGGUACACCGCUCGCGGCCUAUACGCUCAAAUGGGCACUCACGAUCCUCAUGAUUCUGGCGCCGCCUGCCGGUGAUGCGUUUAAUUUUAUUGUUGAUUUGUAUAGUUAUCCGAGUAAUUUGUUUUUGUUUGCGUUGACGGUGGGACUGCUCAUUAUUAGGAGGAAUAGACGGAAAUUGGGAAUCGUGGAUGGGGAUUUUAAAACGUGGGGUGUAGCGAUAUACUUCUCGUUGGUGGUUAAUGUUUUCUUGUUGAUUAUGCCGUGGUAUCCGCCGCCUGGGGGCGCAAAUAGUGGAGAUGUCAGUUUUUGGUAUGGCACUUAUGCAGCGGUGGGGGUGGGCAUCAUGGGUAUCUGUAUCCUCUACUACGCCUUCUGGAUCUAUAUCCUGCCCUAUUUCGGCAACUAUCAAAUUCGUCAGGAAUUAUUGGUUAUGGAUGAUGAAAGUGCAAAGGCUCAUCGUCUAAUCAAGGUUCCGAGGGAGGAGUUGGAGGUUUGGGAUAGGGAGCAUGAUGUUUUGGGGGGGAAGAUUGGGGUGGAUGGGGAUGGAAGUAGCGGGUCGAGAGUUGGAGAUGGAGAUGGAGAUGGGGGUGGAGACGGGGAGAAAUAG